AUGGUUGAGGUUUCACUCACAGUCGGAAAGUUGGACGCAUCAUUGGCGUUGCUCUUGACCAAAGAUCACCACUUAAUUGAAUUUCCCACGAUCCUCUUGCCCAAUGGAGUCAAGGCCGGAUCAAUUGUCAAAAUCAGAUGUGAUCAAGAUCUUGCAAGUGAAAAAGAAGAAGAAAUCAGGUUCCGCAACAUCCAGGAUGAAAUCUUUCAGACGUUUGCUUCUCGUGCCCCAAAAGCACCCGUGUUGAAAGUGAAAAACGUCACUCAAACUUCUUGUGUGCUCGAAUGGGAUCCGCUCGAUUUGGCCACGGCAAAGUUCCUCAGCUUGUACUUGUUGAAAGACGGGAAAAGGAUAACCUCGAUUCCAUAUAGUAGCCAAGUCUCCAAGAUGACCGGAUUGCAAAUGGACAAGCAGUUCAAGUUUCAAUUGGGCUUGGAAACAACGGCUGGCACUUUUUUAUCCAACGAGAUUGCGAUUGUCACCCACAAGAUUACAAACUUAUCAGGGGUCACUGUUUGCAUUGGAGACCUUAGUCCCAACGAUCCAUUCACAAAGCAGGACAUUGAAGACACACUAGUUGCCAUGGGAGCCAAGCAUCCAUCGCAGCAGCUGAUCUCAGCGGAAACCACGCAUUUCCUUUGCAGCAAGGAGAACGACAAGAAUGAAAACUACAACCGGGCUAGAGCUAUGAAUAUCCCGAUUGUGAGGCCCGAAUGGCUCAAGGCGUGUGAGAGAGAGCGAAGAAUUGUUGGAGUUCGAGACUUUUACGUCAAGGACUGCGUCUUGCCGGAUUUGUUUGCUAAAAAUUACUGGGCGAAAACUAAGGAAGCCUCCGCCGCGACGAAAAAGGAGGUUGUCAGCAACCAAGAGGUUGAAACUCUGGCUAAUCAGCCAGUGACUCGUAGUGCAGCUGAGGAGGACUCGGAAAAGCCCAUUGACGAAGAAGACAAAGCCGCCAAGGGGGAGAAGGACACCGCGGCCUCGGUUCCAGAGGCCGAAUCGACUGCUGCUGAACUAGAAGUAGAAGAGCCAGUAAAGGAAGCCGAUGAAGAAGACGGCAAGAAAAUCGACAGCACUCGUGGCGGCGACGUUUUAGCUGCAUCGGGGCAGGAGACUGGAAUUGCAGAGGUUGAACCUGCCGCUGACGUGGGUGCAACGGAUCAAAACGACGGCAGCGAGGCAUUGGCCUCCAGGGAUAAACAUGUGCCAGCAGACAAGGACAACAAGCUUGAAGAGCAGGAAGGUAAAGCAGAGCCCAGCGAACCGUCCGCUUCUGAGCCGGUGGGCCUGGAGUUGCCAACCGUCAAAGACGAAGCGAAAGAGGAAGACAAGGAGGAAGACAAGGAGGAAGACAAGGAGGAAGACAAAAAGCAAAAAGACGAUGAUGGUGAAAAUGGUGCUGAAAAGAAGCUUGAGACGGAUUUGACAGAACCGGCUGGUGAUUCAGGAGGGCAACAAGAAGAAGAAAGCAAACCGGCUGAUUCGGGCGAAUUAGAAUUGGAAGAAGUUGCCAUUGUCUCUAAGGAAAAUCUCAAACCACAAGCAGCUGCAGCUCAAAGCUUGCCGGAGAAUGGAGAAGAAAGAGAGGAAGUAGAGGCAAAAGAGCAAGAUUCGACUUUGGCGGAGCCGGCUGAUGGUGGCGAGACGAGGUAA